GGUGUCUGGAUGAGCCAUAUGAUUGACUUUUGUUCUGAAGAAAUACGUUGAAGUUAUUUUGACUGACGUACAUCAGAGAGAAGCAUGGCUGGUCAAGAUACAGGACAAAUAUUAAAGUACUUUGCAGUAAUCAUGGCUUUCCUGCUGACCCAUGAAUGUGUUGGGCAAACAACUGUUUUCCCAAAAACAAGUAUGGAUUUCCAGUUUUAUUCCAGCGGCAUAGAAGGGCAACUCCAUAAUAUAAGCGCAGAGACAUUGGAAUACAUCGUGGUUGUGGAACUGAAUGCAUCCCAAACUAUAUUUAUUGAACAAAUCAAAGCAGCUUUUGCCUUUAACUUGUUUCCACUUCGAUUGGACAACAGUACUGAAAUUACAGCUGGGGACAUUACAACAGUGUGCCAACAAAAUGUGACUGAAUACCAGUGCGUAUGUGAAGAUGGUUAUGCAUGGACAUACAACAACUGCAAGAUAUAUGAGGCCUGUGAUGACAUCAGUCUGGGCUCAUGUGGAUGUAUCAAUGGUAUUCCGAGUGAUGGAGAGAUGUGUGUGCUGGAGAGCGAACUUACUUUCACAGAGUUCUUGUCUGAAAUUGAGAUUGAAUCAUCAAGCAUCUCCGUGAUCGAUGAGAUGAGGAGAUAUUUUCAGAACAUGACCUUUCCACUUAAGUUAGAUGAGCUGGUUGAAGUAUUAAAUGUGGACAUCACGACAGUGUGCAAUUUCAAUGACAGUGGAUACAAGUGCGUAUGUGAGGAUCAGUAUUUCUGGCCGUGUGAAAAGUGCACUGAAUAUGGGAGCUGUGAUGACAUCACUAACAACACAUGCAGCUGCAUCAAUGAUAUUCCAACUGAUAGACAGUUCUGUCAACCAGUCAAUGAGAUAACAAUGACUCCAGUUCUGAUUACAUAUUACACUGAAAUUCAGAUAAAUGCCGAGAAUACUUCCAUCAUUGAUCAGUUGAUGAAUUAUUGGAUGUUUUUUGAUUUUCCUUACACAAUCAUUGACAGCAUUAACAUCACAGAAAUCAACAUAACUACUGUGUGUUCUUUGAAUGAAACACAAUAUCGGUGUAAAUGUGAGGGUCUGUUUGUUUGGCCAAAUGACACAUGUCACUCAUACAAGGCCUGUGAUGACAUCAUUGAUGGUUCAUGUACAUGUAUCAAUGCUCUUCCAAUCGACGGACAGUUCUGCCAGUUAAAAGAAGUUCCAACAGUAACACCAACUCCAUCAACACCACCAGUGCUAUCACCAUCAACACCACAACUAUCAACCACUCUAUCAUCAACAUUAGCAUCAAUGCCAUCAACAUCAACAUCACCAACAUCAACACCAUUAUCAACAUCACCAACAUCAACACCAUUAUCAACAUCACCAACACCAUUAUCAACAUCACCAACACCAUUAUCAACAUCACCAACACCAUUAUCAACAUCACCAACAUCACCAACACCAUCACCAACAUCACCAACAUCACCAACACCAUUAUCAACAUCACCAACACCAUUAUCAACAUCACCAACAUCACCAACACCAUUAUCAACAUCACCAACAUCAACUCCAUUAUCAACAUCACCAACAUCAACACCAUCAUCAACAUCACCAACAUCACCAACACCAUUAUCAACAUCACCAACAUCACCAACACCAUUAUCAACAUCACCAACAUCACCAACACCAUUAUCAACAUCACCAACAUCAACUCCAUCAUCAACAUCACCAACAUCACCAACAUCACCAACAUCACCAACACCAUUAUCAACAUCACCAACAUCACCAACAUCACCAACACCAUUAUCAACAUCACCAACAUCACCAACACCAUUAUCAACAUUAUCAACAUCACCAACAUCACCAACAUCACCAACAUCACCAACACCAUUAUCAACAUCACCAACAUCAACUCCAUUAUCAACAUCACCAACAUCAACACCAUCAUCAACAUCACCAACAUCAUCAACAUCACCAACAUCAACAUCACUAUCAUCACCAACAUCAACACCAUUAUCAACAUCACCAACACCAUUAUCAACAUCAACAUCACCAUUAUCAACAUCACCAACACCAUUAUCAACAUCACCAACAUCACCAACAUCAACACCAUCAUCAACAUCACCAACAUCAACACCAUCAUCAACAUCACCAACAUCAACUACACCAUCAUCAACAUUAAAAUCAAUGCCAGCAUCAACAACCCAAUUACCACCACCACCAAUAACAACAAAAGCAACAGUUGUUGGGAUAUCAAUGACAUUAAAUAAGAUAUUUGACAGCAGUCUUACUAACCUUAGUAGCGAGGACUUCAAAGAUUUAUCUGGAAAAAUCAAAGCAACAAUUGAAAAGAGUUAUUCUAAUAAUCUACCUGGCAUUAACUACAUUUCUGGUUCUACAAAAGUCCAUAGAUUCAGGUACGAUUUACCAUUUAAAUUUGAACCCUUUUUUACUCAACAUUUCCAUUUAUUCACUACUUUUCAAACAAAUAAAAUGAUAAUACAGUGUAUUCAUAUUGAUGUUGUUUUUGUUUCGCUCCACAGGCCUGGUAGUGUUAUAGCAGACUACACAAUAAGGGCAACAUCGGACAAACUUGAUUUUUUUAGUGCAGCAAACACAAAUGUUUCUGACUCUCUACAAGCACAAAAAAUCAUUUCAACCAAAGCUGAUUUUGCUCGGAGUGAUGAUGCCUGUAUAAAUGAAGAAAUUGGAUUUGGAAAAGAAAAUGAUGUGAGGGAAGGAAUCUGUAGAAAUGGCAUGAAAGGCACUAUAAAUUACACAUGUAAACGACCUGAUUGGACACCACCAGUUGUUGACAACUGUGUACUUGACGCUAUCUAUGAUAUUAAAAGCAACAUUAUGUCCUUGCUUCCGGCGGAGAUUCCAGGAUUUUUGGCUAACUUCAGUAGUGUCAUUGCAGGGAAUGAGACUGUGAUAACCCAGUCUCCUGCUACCAUCAAAGAUAUUGUGUUUAUACUCAAUAUAGUUGCUAAUUUGUCACAAAAAAUUUCCGAACCAGUGAUGAAGCCUAAAAAUCCCAGCCCAAAUAUGACCCUACACCUAGAGUGUGGAUUCAGUGUAGUUGUGUUGUGCAACAGCUAUUCUCUCUAUAUUGCAUCUAUAUUAUAUUAUAUCAUAUCAGUUUAUGGGAUCAAUUUCAUCAUAUUAAACACUUUUAUAUUCAAUUUCCAGAAUUUCAUAGAAGCAGUGGACAUUAUUGUAUCAGGUAAUGUCAGUGGUACAUGGAAGGAAUUGAACAGAGGAAACACCAGCACUAUACUUCUGAGCGCUAUUGAGAAGAUAAGUGAACGUCUCAUAGAUGAUUUUGCAUUUACUGGAACAUCCAUUCAGCUGAACAGAACUACAUUUAAAAACUCAUUCAAUAUAACAUCAACACUGCCAAAUUCAACUACAGUGAUCAUCAUACCACAGGUUCCUAAAGUGACUACCAUAACCAUCAUAAUCUUCACAACUCUUGACAACGUCCUACCUACUAAUAAUCAUGAAACUAAUAAUUCAGUUGUGCGCAUCAAUGGAGAUGUGGUUGUUGUUAAGGUUAAUGAAACGCUUCCCAAAAUUCAAUUUGUUUUUGACACUACGGAUGUAUCUUUAGGAAAUGCUCAAUGUGUCUUUUGGAAUUUCAGUCUUGAAGCAUGGGAUUCCAGUGGAUGUAAAAGAACAGGGAAGAAAGAGGGCGAGAUAACAUGUGAAUGCAACCACACAACCACUUUUUCAAUCCUAAUGUCACCGUUUUCCCCGGAUUCCCUGGAUGAAAAAGCCUAUAUAGUGUUAGCCUAUAUAACAUACAUUGGUGUAGCUAUUUCAAUGGCCAGCUUGAUUUUGUGCCUCAUCAUCGAGAUUAUCGUGUGGAAGUCAAUGACAAGAAAUGACACAUCCUACAUGCGACAUGUGUCCAUAGUCAACAUUGCCGUGUCCCUGCUGAUCGCGGACAUCUGUUUUAUCAUUGGAGCCGCAGUCGCAGAACAAGAGCAGCCAACAUCAGUGGGUCGCUGCAGUCCAGCGGUUUUCUUCAUGCACUUUUUUUACCUGGCUCUUUUCUUCUGGAUGUUAAUUUCAGCGCUGUUGCUCUUUUACCGGACAGUCAUGGUCUUGUCCCAAAUGUCAAGGGCCAGAAUGAUGGCCAUUGCCUUCAUAGUCGGUUAUGGUGCGCCUUUGCUCAUUGCGGUCAUUACUGUUGCAUCGACAGCUGGACCUGAGGAAUAUAUCACGAAAGAAUUAGCAUGCUGGCUGAACUUUAAUGAAUCUAAGGCCCUGCUGGCAUUUGUGAUUCCAGCUCUCACUAUUGUAGCCAUAAACCUUGUGGUUUUGAUUGUGGUUCUGUAUAAGAUGUUGAGGAGAGGAGUUGGUGCCACAACUCAACCGGGUGAGAAACAUACCCUGGUUGUCAUUGCCCGAUGUGUGGCCAUAUUGACUCCUAUCUUUGGUCUAACUUGGGGAUUUGGAAUUGGAACCAUGUUGUCCCCUAAUUUUGGCAUUCAUGUGGUGUUUGUACUCCUCAAUUCACUGCAGGGAUUUUUCAUUUUGGUGUUUGGAACGCUUUUAGACAAGAAGGUUCGUGAGUUGCUACAAAGAAAGCUGUCACUACAGAAACUCAGUUCCAGCCAUACCAAUAGCACCAGUGCAGGAUCAUCAUCCACACCUCGAUUCAAUUUCUUGCCAUGGAUCCGGCGGAGGAAAGUGUACAACGUGUCUGAAGCCAACACUUCCUCAGCUACAGACCGCUCCAACAGCUCAUAUGCCAUUUUGAACACUUAAAAGACACUCCAAAAGUGUUUCCUAUACUGCAAUGUCUGUUAGUAUUUGGUGUAAGAAAUGUUUCAAUGUUCUGAUAUGACAGAAAUAAGGUUACAAUAUGACUUUUAUACUGUAUUGUUAAUAUACAUUGGUUAAGGGUGUAGACUUUUUUUGUAUACUUAAAAAUGGGGUAUUUUUAUAACAACACUACUCAAGGGUUUCCUUUAUUUUGAGAAGAUUUUUAUAUCAGACAUUUUAAAUGAGACAUUCUUGUCCAGUUUCAUAACACCCUAUGUUCUGCCCUGUUUUAAUUAAUUCAGUGUGUUCCCAAAAUGAUUAAUCCAACUGAAUUAAAUGCAUCUUCAAUGAUCUCAAACAUGUGUUCUCCUAAUAAAAGGUGUUGAUGGCCAUUG